AUGAAAAUACAGCAUAAAUAUAAGUAUAGAGAUGAAUAUUCUCCAGAAUUUGAACAACUUAAAAAUAUUGCUCCUGUCUGUUAUUAGGAAUUUAUUGCCAUGAAUAUAGAUGUAUGCCUAAAGAUAAAAGCCUUUAUAAUCUAAAAAUUAAAUUUAUAUUGAGUUUAUAAUACAGAAAACUUAUAUAUAUUGAGAAAAAAUUGAUUCUUUUUCAUAUGUAACUUAUUUCAUAUAAAUUAAUUAUAAUGAAUCCAUAUAAUAGGCAUAUUAUAUUGACUCAUUAUAAAUUUAAUCAUCAUAUUAUAAAUGCUUUUAUAUCUUUAUGCAGACAGAUAUAAUAGAGUAAUCAAUGCUCCAAAAAGAGGAAUAAAGAAGGUAUUUUUUGA